AUGCCUGAAUGGGAGACAGAAGACGAGCAUGCGGGCAGUCUCAAGGCCCAUGAGGCGACUCGUAGGUCAUCUUCGAGGUCCGCCAAGUCUCGAAGAAGAUCCAAGACUCCGCCCAACAGGUCCAUUUCCCCCGCCCUGGCAGACAAAACCGCCAAGCGGUCCUCGCGCGACAUCACCACGGACGAAACAAUCAGUAUUUUGGACCCUCGUCGAUUUACACCCACUCUUCAUGCCAACCUCGUUUCCGAAAUCCUCACUUUACGCAGAGACCAGGAGGAUAAGACCAAACUCAUUGAAAGUCUCGAAACUUCACUUUUCUCCACAAAAGAGGAAAACGAAUCUCUGCAGGCGAACUUUACUACUCUAGGGAAGGAAAGUCGCUCUCUCAAACGCCAACUAUCCCUUCUAGAGGGUGGUACUUCCUCUGCUCUAGGCGAAUUAGCUCGUGAACGCGACGAUGCUGUCGAGUCCAUUACAGAGACAAAGAAGCGACUAGAUGCUGCUCAAAAGAGGAUUCGAAGCUUGGAAGACGACUCCCAGCGCGUCCAUGAGCAGUGGGCCAAGGAAAAGGAUGAUUGGGACGAUGAGAGACGCAAAUAUGAGUGCAAGAUCCACGUCUCCGAAUCCCGACUCAAGACGAUUCUCGAGGAAGUCGCAGCCUAUCAGAAUGCGCAGGCCAACGGUGAAGAGCUUGAUGAUGAACCCGAUGAUGCACACAAAGACAAUGACGGUGCCAGUAUUCGCACCAUGAGCAUGACUGGAAGCCUCCGCUACUCGCUUCUUAACAGCCCUGGUCCGGCCAAUCCUAACGGCGCGUCGUUGGCGGACGAACUCAAUCUCGAUGACGACGAUAGCGAUGCGGCGGCUACUGAGAGUGUUUUUUCCAGCCCCCGUCAUAAGCGCACGAUCAGUCGCGAUACGGCGCCGAUUGGUAGAAUGCAUCGAAGAGAUCUUAGCCUUGAAAGCCUUAGCCGCCCCGGCAGCGCUGCUCGAUCACGUCUUUUCUUCAAUCCCAAUGUUCUUGGCAUUCUGCAAGGCGAAGACGAGGAACAACCAUCCACUCCUACCGUGCCGCCCACUACCUACAAGGACACUGGUGUCCAGUUCUCGCCUCCACCAUCGCCUAGGAUUGAGCAAUCCCGUAAGCCGGAUGCGGAAAAUGUUGCCCGCAUCGUUCACGAGAUUGAGGCGAAUCAACGCCGCAAGCGAGUUCAUCCUGGUAGUUGGUCUGGCAAGCCUGCCGUUGCCGAAGAUGCUCAGCAGCGGUCGAUGGUAUCGACUUCUGCUCAGACUAUCGAGACGCCGCUUAGCCCGCCCAGAACACCCAAGAUGCAGAUCGAGCCCAUGACACCUCCCCCGGAAAGAACCGAAUCGACCAUGGUAUCAUCAGCGAUGCAGACAGACAAGGAGUCGGAGAUGCCCGUUCUCAACGUUGUGCCGCCCCUGACACCCCCUAUGCCUGCUAUGCCCAUUCCCAGUAUCAAUGUGCAGCCCCCCACGAGCAGACCGACAACACCAAGAUCCCCCAUGCUACCGCCUUAUAUGAAGAAUUUUGGCUGUCAAGUCAACAUCUCCUAUGAAGUGCCGAUGACUGAGGCUGCCGUUCAGACUGAGGGCAUCCAAGUAGACAAAAGAUUGGCUACCCUGCCACCCCAUCUACAGCCCUCGACUAUCUCUUCCCGACCAACUUCUCCUAACAAAGACGGCAUUGACCGCGACAAGAAUUUUACACCGGUUCCCGGCAAUCUUCCACCGCGAAACCCACGCCGCCUGGCCAGCAGGACUGCAACAGACUUCCAAUCGUCACCUAUUUCCAUGGCUGGAGAUGAGGACGAUAUUCUGGACUCGUAUCUCAACAAUGAUAUGGAGAGUACAGGAUUAAGGGCUACUCGACGACAUGGCGGCCUUUUCGCAGGGUUUGAAUCGCAAAGCUCCGACGAGGCGGAAGAGUUUGGGGAAGCUGACGUCAGUGAUUCUGAGUAUCGCACGGCUCUCUCGGCCCCACGACCAUACUCGAACACAAGCCGUGCCGGCAAGCGGGGCUCUUUUGGUACUUCGACCACUUUCCCGGAGCAGUUUGUCUCGAAAAGCUCCGCGAGUGGCUCUGCCAAGGUGUUUGGUACCGACAUCUACUCCAACGGUCGAUCAGACUUGGAUGCUGGCAGUCGUGGUCAUAGGCGCAAGCUCAGCAAACCACUCGAAAGAACUGUUGUCCCUGGAACUGGCUCCACUCGUUCGAGUGAUAUUCGGAAACAUGCUAUGAUUCAAGGCUCCAUCGCUAGCCAGCAGACUAGGUCUCGAAGUCCAAGUCUGCCUGACGGCCGCAACCCUCCGUUCCCGAUACCGCUUCGCGAUAGCUCUAAACGUCUGUCGUCUUCUAUCAUGAGCACGCCAAGCGAUGACUACAGUCCUACCAGAACCGAGAGCUAUUACCGCCGAGGUAGCAGCCGCGGCAGCUACUACGGAAACAGUGUUCGUAGAGUGCGAUCUGCCACUGCUAUGCCCCGCAACCAGCGAUACCGCAGACACGGUAGCCGAUCACCGCCACCUCUUUCUAUAUCGACAGAGGCCCCAGAGAGCCCGAGCCUACCUCCCUUGCCACGCAAUGAUCUUACAACCCCACGCGGCAAGGAGCCCAGUAGCUCCUUGUACAGACGCCAUCGCCAUGAGCUCUCGACCAAUACCGAUAACACGCUCAAUACGGACCCCAUGUCAACCUCCCAGGGCAGCUCCCAGGCAACUGGCGUCGUGGACGCCAUUGCGCAGACCAUGGUCGGCGAGUGGAUGUUCAAAUAUGUCCGCCGGCGCAAGUCCUUUAGCGUGCCGGAUGCCACUGGCAAGGACGACACGGGCAAUGAUCGUCACAAGCGAUGGGUCUGGCUCGCUCCGUACGAAAGGUCUAUCCUAUGGAGCAGCAAGCAGCCUUCCUCCGGCAGCGCGUUGAUGGGAAAGACUGGGCGCAAGCUUACCAUCCAAUCUGUCCUUGACGUCAAAGACGAUAAUCCUGUUCCCAAGGGUGCCCAAACCAUUUUUAAUCGUUCGAUUCUCAUUCUCACUCCCCAGCGCGCUUUGAAGUUCACCGCCAGUUCAUCAGAGCGCCAUUAUCUUUGGCUCACAGCCCUUUCAUUCCUCGCACACUCGUCGCAAGCUGUACCGGAGAACCUGUCGGCACCACAGCCUCAAGUAGCUAAACAGCCACAUCAACAGCCAAUCCCUGAGUUCGAGCUACCACAGACCAAGACACGCCGUCCUGGCAUCAGAGACUCGAUCCGGUUGGCCAAGAAUAAGACUACUAUCGGCAGCCGUACCGAUCCUCCCAGCGUGCCUAGCCUCCCCAGUAACCCUUCCUCUCGCAUGGGCGAAGUGUCAAGCUCCCGCCCUCCGCCAUCCACAGGUACAGCAUCAGUCAGCCACCACCGAGAAGGAUCGCAUGAAACGGCAGAGCCUCCCAUGAUUCAACGCUACAAUGAGCGCUCACAGGCGCCUUCCCAUGGACGCAAGCGAAGCAACACGGGUGGGCAGCAGCAUAUUCCUCCUCCGCUGUCGUUCCGAGGCUUCUCUGGACCCUUGGGCAGCCCACAAGACAAUGGACAUAGCACUUCGACCAACACCCCUGCGUCUUCUGACAUGUUUCAGUCGCAAGCUUCAAGCAAUACCACCUGGGCCGGCUCUCAACGAACAUCCGAAGCAUCGAGCAGACGGGGCAACUUUUUUGACGCCAUCGGCACAGUUCGAAUGGAGGCUUUCAUCAGUCCCCUCGCAUCUUCGCAGGCGGCGCCGCCUCCAGAGCAGGAAGAGUUUCGACGCUUGACCCGCCGACGUAGCAAGGAGCACCGCAGACGUCACAGCCGCAGCCGCAGCCGCAACCGUGACAGCUUUAGCUACUACACUCGCGGCGUUGAGCGCCGUGGCUAUAACGACUACUACGGAGGCAGCCGGACAGCUGGCGAGGAGGAUCUUCCCCGAGAUGACCCUUUCAGGGGAUUUUAA